GCAGUAAAAAAUAAUGUUAUCCCCUUUUGAUACUCAUAGCUUUGCAUUUGUGUAACCAGCUUAACACUAUAGGUGUAAAUUUCUACUGUACGUUAAAGCUAUCUCUGAUCUGUGCUCUACAAUAUCAUACAAUAUGUCUAAUGGAAACAAAAAAAUUGUUUAUUGAGAUAUGUAUGGUUGCUCUUUUAAAUGUUUUUUGAUGUUCUUGACCAAAUUAUUAAUGAAUUAUUGAAGAGAAUAUCCAAAACUAAAUAAACUGUUUCAAAAUGGACGAAGUAGCUAAAUUAGAACAUCUUUCUCUUGUGUCGAAAGUGUGUACAGAAUUAGACAAUCAUUUGGGUUUGAAUGACAAAGAUUUGGCGGAAUUCAUAAUCGACUUAGCUGCGAAGUAUCCUACGUUCGAAGAUUUCAAAAAGGCAUUAAUUGAUAAUGGAGCUGAAUUUUCGGACUCUUUUAUGACAAACUUGCUUCGCAUUAUACAGCAUAUGAAGCCUGCUAAAACAACUUCUAUUACUAAUGAAAUUGACAAUAGCGAUAAAAAUCCAUUGGCAAGAAAGUUUCCUGGCCUGGCAAUACCUAAUGAGAAAGCACCAGUAUUUUCUGAUAAUAGCAGUGAAGAUGAGGAAGACAAUAAGAAACACAAAAGGUUAACAUCAAAGGAUGUAUUCAAAGAUCAGUCCAAGUCUUCAAGUGAUGCAGUUGUGGACCAGGCUAUGGCAGAAUUGGAAGCCCUGGCUCCCUCUAUGGCUGGAGUAAAAGUGGAAACAAAGAAGGAAGACAAUAAAAAAGAAGAUAUAGUUAAGGAAAAAAGUAGAAAAAGAGAAGUGUCUAGAGAUAGGAAGGGAAGACGGAGCAAGAGUAGAGAAAGGAGAAGUCAUAGUAGAGACAGAAGAAGUAGAAGUAGGAACCGAAGAAGUCAUAGUAGAGAUAGAAGGAGUAGAAGUAGAGAAAGGCGGAAAAGAUCUAGGAGUCGCCAUAGACACAGGUCCCGAUCAAAGGAUAGGCAUAGGUCACGAUCAAGGCAUAGAUCUCGUUCAAGGCAUGGGUCUCGUCCAAGAGAUAGACCUAAGUCCAGAGACAGGUAUAGGAGAUCAAAAUCAAGAGGUAGAGGAAGGAGGUCACAUUCUAGAGGCAGAGAUAAUAAGGAUAGGUUUGGAGAUUAUGCAAAAAAAUCCAGGAAAAGAACUCCAGAAAUAGAAAUGAAUGAUGACCCAGAGCCAGGGAAGAUCUACAAUGGUCGUGUAGCGAACAUAGUGCCCUUCGGUUGUUUUGUACAAAUAGAGGGUGUGAAGAAGAGAUGGGAGGGACUGGUGCAUAUCUCACAGCUCCGAUCUGAGGGCAGGGUUACUAAUGUGUCUGAUGUUGUCAACAGAGGGGACAAAGUCAAGGUGAAAGUAUUGUCAGUGACUGGCCAGAAAGUUUCAUUGACCAUGAAGGAUGUAUGCCAAGAAACAGGGAAGGAUCUAAAUCCAACGUCACACGCCCAUUUGGAGGCUGAACGCGAAGGUCGUAAUCCGGAUCGUCCGCCACCAGCGGCAGCAGUCCUCGCCGGCUUACAGGGCUCUCUAGACCCCGACGAGGACUCUAGUCGCAAGCGCGUCACCAGAAUAUCCAGUCCAGAGAGAUGGGAGAUUAAACAAAUGAUAUCAUCCGGUGUUAUAGACAAGAGUGAGUUGCCAGACUUUGAUGAGGAGACUGGAUUACUUCCAAAAGACGAAGAUGGUGAAGCAGACAUAGAAAUAGAAUUAGUUGAAGAGGAGCCACCAUUCCUGCAAGGUCAUGGUAGAGCAUUACACGAUCUGUCACCUGUCAGAAUAGUUAAGAACCCAGACGGCUCUCUAGCCCAAGCUGCUAUGAUGCAGUCAGCUCUAGCGAAAGAGAGAAGAGAACAGAAGAUGCUGCAGCGAGAGCAAGAAAUGGAGAGUCUACCGACUGGUCUCAAUAAGAAUUGGAUAGAUCCUUUACCAGAGUCUGAUGGUAGAGCUCUAGCAGCCAAUAUGAGAGGCACGGGCAUCACACCGCAGGACCUUCCGGAGUGGAAGAAACACGUCAUUGGAGGAAAGAAAUCUUCAUUCGGAAAGAAGACGAACUUGUCUCUGUUAGAGCAGAGACAGUCUCUGCCUAUAUAUAAAUUAAGAGAUGAGUUAACAAAGGCCGUUACAGAUAAUCAAAUCCUAAUAGUAAUCGGCGAGACGGGGUCCGGUAAGACUACGCAGAUAACCCAGUACCUCGCAGAGUGCGGGCUGACUGCGCGCGGGAAGAUCGCCUGCACGCAACCGCGCAGGGUGGCCGCCAUGUCCGUCGCCAAGAGGGUCGCCGAGGAGUUCGGCUGCCGGCUCGGGCAGGAGGUCGGCUACACCAUCCGUUUCGAGGACUGUACCAGCCCGGAAACUGUUAUCAAGUACAUGACAGACGGUAUGUUACUCCGAGAAUGCCUCAUGGACUUGGAUCUGAAGACCUACUCCGUAAUCAUGUUAGACGAGGCUCACGAGAGGACCAUCCACACCGACGUAUUGUUCGGCCUGCUGAAACAAGCGGUGCAGAAACGUCCAGAACUUAAGCUGAUCGUCACAUCAGCUACAUUGGAUGCUGUCAAGUUUUCACAAUACUUCUUUGAAGCACCAAUCUUUACUAUACCCGGACGAACCUUCCCCGUGGAAGUAUUAUACACGAAAGAACCAGAAACAGAUUACCUGGACGCAUCAUUGAUCACAGUCAUGCAGAUACACUUGAGGGAACCGCCCGGAGACAUCUUGCUGUUCUUGACUGGUCAGGAGGAAAUUGAUACCGCAUGUGAGAUAUUAUAUGAGAGGAUGAAAUCCUUGGGACCUGAUGUGCCAGAGCUGAUCAUAUUACCGGUAUAUUCGGCGCUGCCAUCGGAGAUGCAAACGAGGAUUUUUGAACCUGCCCCUCCUGGCUCGAGGAAGGUGGUCAUAGCAACCAACAUAGCUGAGACUUCGCUCACUAUUGAUGGUAUUUACUAUGUGGUAGAUCCAGGAUUUGUGAAACAGAAAGUGUACAAUUCAAAAACGGGGAUGGAUUCGUUGGUUGUGACACCCAUUUCACAGGCGGCAGCGAAACAGCGUGCCGGGCGCGCGGGCCGUACCGGGCCGGGCAAGUGCUACCGGCUGUACACGGAGCGCGCCUACCGCGACGAGAUGCUGCCCACGCCCGUGCCGGAGAUACAGCGCACCAACCUCGCCACCACAGUGCUUCAGUUGAAGACGAUGGGUAUAAACGAUCUGCUGCAUUUCGACUUCAUGGACGCGCCACCCGUUGAAUCGCUCAUUAUGGCGCUUGAACAAUUGCAUUCGCUGUCAGCUCUAGACUCUGAGGGGUUGCUCACGAGGCUCGGUCGCAGAAUGGCCGAAUUCCCCUUAGAACCAAACCUCUCAAAGAUUCUCAUAAUGUCAGUAGCACUACAGUGCUCUGAUGAAAUUCUGACCAUAGUCUCAAUGUUAAGCGUCCAGAAUGUCUUCUACCGACCGAAGGAUAAGCAGGCCCUUGCUGAUCAGAAGAAGGCCAAGUUCAACCAGCCGGAGGGUGAUCAUCUCACACUGCUAGCAGUCUAUAACAGCUGGCGAAACAACAAAUUCUCAAAUGCCUGGUGCUAUGAAAACUUCGUGCAAAUUAGGACGCUGAAAAGAGCGCAAGAUGUUAGAAAACAGCUUCUCGGUAUUAUGGAUAGACACAAAUUAGAUGUAGUAUCGGCCGGUAAGAAUACUGUGAGAAUUCAAAAGACGAUAUGCUCAGGCUUCUUCAGGAAUGCUGCGAAGAAGGACCCUCAGGAGGGCUACAGAACACUGGUGGACAGUCAAGUGGUGUACAUACAUCCAUCCAGUGCACUUUUUAAUAGACAACCAGAAUGGGUAAUCUAUCACGAGCUGGUACAAACCACUAAGGAGUAUAUGCGUGAAGUGACCACAAUAGACCCUAAAUGGCUGGUGGAGUUCGCACCAGCAUUCUUCAAGUUCUCCGAUCCGACCAAACUAUCCAAGUUUAAGAAGAACCAAAGACUGGAACCGCUGUAUAAUAAAUAUGAAGAGCCCAAUGCUUGGCGAAUAUCUAGAGUCCGAAGGAGGAGGAAUUAAAUUUUGUACAGUCACUUGUAAUAAAUUAUU